GCCAGCAUUCUUACAAUUUGCCAAGCUGACACUGAAACUUCCACAUGCUCGCCAGGCUUCUUGGGAAAAAAAGUUUUUUUUUUCCCUCAGCCAUUCUAUAACCGUUACAAAAGGGUGGUGAUCCAAUUCGAGGCAAAAGUGUCGAUCGAGCUGGCAAGUAGUAUUUCCUUUUUCUGAGUUCCUAGUACGGAAGAGAUAAAUCCAAAACAAUUAAACAAAGCACCAGUGCAUUUGCAAAGUAAGCGGUCCUCUUCUUUUUGAAUCACAAGGCUACUUAGAACCUUUUAAUCUUACAGAAAAAUAGAGGAGUGAGUAAAUGGGGUCUGAGCUAGAAGAAAGUUAGAAAUGUACUAGUAGUACUUAUGUUAUGUGGGUGUCACAGGACUAUUCCUUAGAUUCUGUAGUGACUAGUGAGUGAAGCUGUGAAGAUGAGUUUGCCCCACUCUGCAUUCAGGCAAUAAAGUGCACCUGUUUCAAUGUAAUGUGCAGCAAUAAUAUUUUACUGGUAAAAAUGUUUUAUAAAUGUUGCUGCCCAUAUGCCGUUGUUUUUAACAAUGCAGAGCAGAUGCAGUGCAACUAUUUUUAACUGGUACCAUAUCUAUUGAGUGGAUCUGAACUUCCCUUCGUCCCAGCCUCAGCUCUGCGAAUCUCAAAAAUCCAUACUUUCAAGGUCUUAUUCUCUGCAGUCUGCACAUUUCCUCUGUGUAUUCAGAUAAGUCGAGCAGUGAUCAAUCUAAGUAUCUUGGGCCAAUUAAUAGCGACAGCGCCUUCUUCCCAUUUCUUGUGUUGGCACUUUUUCCAGCGACUAAGUUUGUCUUUUCAUCGAGAUUUCUUUGGUUUGUGCCCUUUUGGCUGAUCAAUUUUGCCUCUUUUUCAUCUUCUUACCAAUAUGUCUUGUUCAGCGACUGAGGAGUCAAAGGCUUGAUUGAAGGAUUAGUUGCAUUUUUGUUCGUGGGAAAGAUGGCGCCUUUCUGCUGAUUGGAAAGUUCAGCUAGAAAGGUUUUUGGCGAAGAAUAAGAGGAGAAGUCAAUGGAGGAUAAAGGCUGUUUGAACUAUGGAAGAGCACAAGAGCUAUCUGGGAGCAGUGCUACUAUGAGUUUUGAGUUUCACAAAGGGAAUGGUGCAAAUCGCUCUUCACAUCAUCGAAUGGCCUUUGGAAAGCCGACUCCUCUGAAAUGGGACGAUGCACAAAAGUGGCUGGGUAAUCAUCUUUCAAGAGGUGGAGAGAAAAACCAGUCAAAGUCCACCCCCCGCAAUUCAAAUGCUGACGACAGAAGAUUGAUAGCUCCAGUACCAAAGGAGGAGUACCUGAGCAGCGAGGAUCAAGGAGGAAAUGCUUUUCCUGGUAUUCCAAGUAGUGUCCACUAUGAAGUAGAAACAAAGGAUAUGGACUGUGAUGAAUCGGUCUGGAGAAUCAAUAAGCCAUCAACUGGAUCCGUUUCGGUUGUUCGAUCAAUAUGUGUGAGGGAUAUGGGAACAGAAAUGACUCCUGCCGCAAGCCAAGAGCCUUCAAGAACAGCCACCCCUCUUAAAUCCACAACUCCAGCAGCUAGAAGCCCAAUAACCUCAGGAUCCUCAACCCCAUUAAGGUAUCAAAAUGGAUUCCAGAUUUCUGAAGAUGGUCAGACUCCGACAGGUAUAACAUCUGCUGAGCACAGGGGAGAGGCUGGCAGGGGCAAUGGAUCAUCAACAAGCCGAUUUGCGCGAGAAGGAGAAGAACUGAAUGCUGCAAAUAUGAGUGAAAGCCGUUCAGAUCAACCUCAAAGGCUAAAUCCUCUGGAAACCAGGGCAAUGGCUUGGGAUGAGGCUGAACGAGCCAAGUACUUGGCAAGGUAUAAGCGCGAAGAGGUGAAGAUACAAGCUUGGGAAAAUCACGAGAAAAGGAGAGCUGAGAUGGAAAUGCGAAGGAUGGAGGUGAAGGCUGAACGCCUGAAGUCUCGAGCACAAGAGAAGUACACGAACAAACUCGCCGCAACUAAAAGAAUAGCAGAGGAAAAGCGAGCAAAUGCAGAAUCCAAGCUAAAUGAGAAAGCUGUGAAGACUUCCGAAAAGGCAGAUUACAUAAGGAGAACUGGCCAUAUGCCUUCUUCCUUCUCUUUCAAGCUGCCUUCCUUCUGCUGGUAGAAAGUUGCAAAAUGCAGCCCGCUCAACGUUGCGUUUCUUAAGGCCUUGCUACGUUCGUCCAUUUUAAGCCAUAGAUUUGAUUACCAACUCUCUUGGCCGCUGAACAAUGUUACCUUCUGCUAUUUGUGGCCAUCAAUAUGAUCCUACUGCGCCUGAAAUUUGUGUGGCAAGUUAAUGACCUUGUUCCAGCAAGGGUUCAAGACUAAUGGUUUCAUUUAGCGAAAAGACUUCCAUUUGUUCACAUAAUUAGCUGUUUCUUUGUAUCGAAGCUCAUUUUGCGCCUGAGAUAAUUGAUAUUUCAUUGAUC